CAGACUCUUCGAUCCAAUUUGCGAUCCUGCAGCGCUGACGACGAAGAUCUGAGGAUGCUGCAUGCGUAUGCGCCCAUGACCGACAUGCCCGGCGACUCGCACCUUGAUCGCGAGGUCCAGCCGCGCUGGCGGCUCGCGUUUGGUGCGCUCUGCCUCGUCGUCGUGGCGAUGGUCGCCACCGUCCAGGACCGGCUCGCGUUCUCCGUUGACGAGGUCAAGAUGAGUCUCUCGUACGACGUGGUGGUACAGCCAGCCACGGCGACUGUCCCGCGCGCGGUGCUCUCGGUGCCAAGCGCAAACGGCGGCGGCUUGGCCAUCAAGAUCCUUCAAGUACCCGAUAUGCACUACAUUGGCCGACCCGACUACCAUUGCCGGGACCCGCCGCACGAGCCAUGUUCGGAAAGCAACAUGACGGCCUUCAUUGGCGAGCUCAUUGACGCCGAGAAGCCGCACCUCGUCAUCUUUACAGGCGACCAAAUCGAAGCCCUUGCCGUCAAGCGCACGGCGGACGAGGCCAAGAAGGCCAUCGACACGUACGUGGACGCCGCCAUCUCGCGUCGCCUGCCGUGGUCCAUGGUGUUUGGCAACCACGACGAAGGCGCGUCCUUCUCGCGCAAGGCCAUGAUCGAGUACAUCAUGGCCAAACCGCACGCGCUUUCAAUGGCGGGACCGGACGACGUGGGCGGCGUCGGCAACUACCAGAUCGUGGCCAUCAAUGCCGCGACCAAAAAGAUCGAUUUGGCGCUCUACUUUCUCGAUACGGGCGUCUCGGGUGCCAUUUCCGCCGGCCAAAAGUCGCUUUUGCGCAACAUGUCGGCCGACAUUGCCGCCGACAACGCGCCAGGUCUUUUGUUUUACCACAUUCCGUCGCCCGACUACGUCCUGCACGCGGGCGAGGUUGUGCCCCACGGCCACCAAGGCGAGGGCGUCUCGCAUGGUCCUCCGUCUGGCCUCCUCGAGACGCUGGUGGCAAUGGGCGAUGUCAAGGCAACGUUUGUGGGCCAUGACCAUCUCAACGACUACUGCGUUGCUCGUCAAGGCAUUCAGCAUUGCUACGGCGGUUGUGUCGGCUACGGGGAGGCGUAUGGCUCACGAGGCCUUCUUCGUCGGGCGCGCGUGAUCGAGUUCACCAUGAACGAGACGACGGAGCGUAUCACAACAUGGCUCCAUGCGGCUGGCGGUGCGAUCUCCAAGGACAAGUACUUGUUGUACGAGCGCCAUUUCUAAUUCUCUUGCAAAAGACAUAUUGGGUCUUGUUCAA